AUGGCUCAACUUGAAUCAUUAGCGAAUGAAUUGUUACUUGAUCUUUUUGAAUUCUUCACUACUGCUCAUCUUCUUCAAGCAUUCGUUGGAUUAAACUCUCGUUUUAACGAACUUCUCUAUCAUCAUAUUCGAACUCAUCCACUUGAUCUACGGUCAUUAUCAAAACAAAAUUUUGAUAUUAUUUCUAAGCAAUAUCUUCCAUUAACCAUUGGCCAUAUUACGUCGUUUUGCGUUUCGUCCGAUGAAUCACCUGGUUUAUCUGAGCUUCUCCUAUCUCGUGGAUUCACUCUCGAUCGAUUUAUUUGUUUACAAUCCUUAUCACUACAUAGCAUUGAUGACGUCGGUACAUUGAAUAAAAUAAUCUAUCAAUGUCGGCAUCUUCCUUAUCUCACACAUCUUAACAUAAUUAAAUCUACCGAUAGAGAAAGACGAAUAAAUAGUUUAGUUGAUUUUUUGAACAAUAUUUGGAGUUUGUCAGCACUUACACAUUGUAAUUUAAGUGGUCUCUAUGCAGAUGAAGCAUUGCUAUUGACUAUUUCAAUAGUGUCACCACGUAUCAAAUGUCUUUCAAUUCAGAAUAUUCCAUGUACGUUAAAUUGUUUAUCACAUUUACUCAAAUUUACACCUCGACUUCAACAACUUUGUACAACUAUAUAUUCUUAUUUGGUUAACGAUCAUUUGGAAUGUGUUGUUCCAUUAUUGCAAUCAAUAAAAAUUGUUUUUGGAGGCACCUUAAACUCUUUAAAUAAUCUAUUACAGUAUAUGCCUAACAUAUCUCGCUUAACGAUUACUACAGUACAAGUUUAUUUCGACGGUAAAACAUGGGAACAACUUAUUUCUGAUUAUCUUCCUCAAUUGACAGUGUUUCAACUGAAAAUGGAAGUAGAAUUUCGAGAGGUGAAUAUUACGCUUGAAGAUAUUAUUGAUAGAUUGCUUGCAUCCUUUCAAACGCCAUUUUGGCUGAAAGAACGUCAAUGGUAUGUUCGAUGCCAUUGGAAUCCAUCGGAUCCAUAUAAAUGGGCGACACUCUACACAUUGCCUUAUUGUUUUGAUGGCUUCGAUUGUUCAAAUAAAUCUUGUACUAAAUCAACCUGCCCCGCCGAAGGAAACUAUUGGUCAUGCGAUUGUGUUAAAUCGUUUGGUCAUGGAACUGUAGAAAAUACUUUAUUAGAUAAUUUUAGUCUUUUAAGAGCUCGCUUUCGUAAUAUUUGUCAUUUACAGGUAAAUAUUCCUUUUGAUGAUAGAUUUUGGUCUCGUUUUCUAUCAUUAAAUUAUUUAACAUCACUUCAUGUGUCUAUAUAUAAACAUUCUGGUUAUGAUCAAUUGCAAACAGUAUUCGACCAAGCUCCUUGUCUUUAUUCGCUCAAAUUACAAUCAUGUGUUGGUCCUAUUUCAAAAUUAUUUCAAUUAACAAGUAAAUCUAUUCGACGAAUUGAUUUAAUAGAAGCUUUGCUUAAUCAAUCGGUGCAUUUCAAUGAAGACGAUUGUUUCAUUUUAAUCAGUUCAACACUCGGAAAUCGAUGUGAAGUUCUUUCAAUUCGUAUUAAACAUCGAAAAAAUGUUCUCGAUCUUAUUCAACAAAUGUCAAAUCUUCGAUUGUUAAUGUUUGAAUGUGAAGACGAUAGAGAGUUUUUUCGAAGAUUUUCAUCCGUAAAAAAUGAACUCGUUCGAUGGUUGCAAUCUUAUAUAACAUCAGCAUCUAUAAUCACAAGACAUCCGGUACAACAAUUUCUUAUUCGAGUUUGGAUCGAUCGAGAAACGAAUAAAAUACCUCCGUUGCAUAGUUAUAUCUUGAAGUCGAAAUCGAAACAGAAAACAAAACUCUCGCAGUUUUUAACAGCAUUUCGACAGCAUUUCAACAGCAUACUUACCGAGUGA